AUGCGGUCAAUUCCAGUCAUCCUGUCGCUGCUGUUAGCACAGUUGAGUCCUGUGGUAGCCAAAGGCCAUCAGAACAGCUGUGUGGUCAAGAGCAGCGGAACUAACGUGACCGACGAUGCCCCAGCCAUUUUGAAAGCGUUCAGGGAGUGCGGCCAAAAUGGAAGGAUCGUCUUUGAACCCACAACGUACUACGUCAAUUCGGUCAUGAACAUCUCCUGGCUCGACAAUGUUGACAUCGACAUCCGCGGAACGCUGUUGUGGAGCACUGACAUCCCUUACUGGCUGAACAACUCGAUGGAUGUUGGAUACCAGAACCAGUCAACAGCUCUGAUAAUUGGUGGUAACAAUGUCCGCAUCAAUGGCUAUGAAAAAGGCACAUUUGACGGUAACGGCGACUACUGGUAUCAAUGGAUCAGAGAACAGCCAAACACAUCCAACUACCCAGGCCGGCCGCACGGUGUGACAUUCGACAACCUCACGAACUCUGUUAUUCGUGGCCUUACCUUCCUAAGGAGCCAGAUGUGGUAUGUGAAGAAUCGGAUGCUUGUCUCAAAAACCCUAUGGAUGCUGUGGUCUUUGCUUGCUAACGGUGGCCCGAACCUUCAAAGGACUAUGUCAAUCAUUAACUCUCACAAUGUCUUGCUCGACAGCAUUCUUGUCAACAACACAGGAAACUGGGCACAAAGCUCCAACACCGACGGGGCGGAUACUAUCCGGUCUUCCCAUAUCACAUUCAAUAACUGGACCGUCUACAACGGUGACGACAGCCUUUCGAUGAAGGCCAACAGCACCGAUAUAACCAUCACAAACUGCAAGUUCUACGAUGGUCUAGGCAUUGCGAUGGGGAGUAUCGGGCAGUAUAAUGAUCAGUUCGAGACGAUCGAGCGGAUCACGGUCAAGAACAUCGAGUAUGACAACACAUUACAUGCUUUCUACAUAAAGACAUGGACCGAUGACCAAAAUGGCUACCCACCGAACGGAGGUGGCGGUGGACUCGGAUUUGCAUCUGAGAUGAAACUCACGAACCUGACCACAACAGGGCUUCGCGGGGCCGCGUUCGCCAUCUCGCAGUGCACGCGGUUCUCCGGUGCACCGGGCCAGGGUAACUGCACAAACUCGGAAUUUCAGAUUAGAAAUGUGGAGAUUGACAGGCUGUCUGGCACCAGCGAGUCGACAAGGUUUGCGAGCCUCCAGUGCAGUGCCGUGGCGCCAUGUACCAACAUCACCAUCGUUGACAGCACCCUGCAUCUCGAUAAUGGCACCGCCGCGAAUGAGUUCCUGUGUGGGAACGUCGCGAAUCCGACUGGGUUCAACUGUACUGGAGUGCCUUGCGUGGGUGGGAGCGCUACUGGGGAGUGCUAA